GUGUGUAUCUCGUCUGUGGUUUUGUUUGGCACUGUUUGAAUUUGAAUUGAGUGUGGCAGAAUUCUUUUGUGCGGAGGAAAGCUUAUUUAGCAUAUGUUGAGAAAAUGAAGAAAUUUACCAAUUACAGGAGGAUUGUUCAAGUAUCUGACUCUGAAAGUGAUGAUGAUAUUGUCACUACUUCACCAACUAUGGAGUCAAGUAUCAGAACCAAUUCACUGUGCCGAAGCAGAAUCUUUUGCAUUCCCAGGAAGGUGGCACAAAGUCCUAAGACUGAAAGUGUGCCAGAGCAUCCAUUGUCCACCGUAAUAGAUGACUCUGACUUUCUUGAUGCUUCUGAUGAUAAUGACAUAUUUAAUUCAACAAAAAGUUCCACCAGUGAGAAUUGUGUAUCAGAUAAUGAGACAUGUGAAAGGAAAGUACAAAAUCAUUUGGAAGAUUCACUUAGUGUUUCAAAUAAUAAUGCCUCUUGCAACGAAACUGAUCUUGUGAAUAAUAUUUCAGAUAGUGAGGACUCUGAAUUGGCAGUAUCAAGUAAUUUGAAGGAUUCAUUUGAGGUUGAAUCCAGUAAUAACGCCUCUUGUGAUGUGAUUGAUGUGUCUUCAGACUCCAGUGAUGAUUUUGUGGAUGCUAAAAGUGAGCCAGUUGUGUGUGCUCCUACAUCAGGGCAAAAAGAUAAUGGUGAUAUAAACCUCAUUGCCUCACCAGUUUCAUCAGAAGACUCUGAGAAAAAUCUUGACAAGGAUAGUGGUGCAAAUAUUGCUUUGACAUCAGAAAUUGCAAACAAUUCCGAAGAUAGGCGCUCAACGUAUUUUUCAGCAUUUGACCUCGAUGAUUUGAGGAAGAGCCUGCCAUUUGUCCCAAAACAGAGGACAGGCAGCCACCAUCAACAGAAAAAAGCUGUGUCAGUGAAAGAAGAGAAUACAGCAACAGAAGAAGAAAAUGUAUCUGAAUCAGAAGGAAAUGUAUCAGAUGAAAUUUUAUAUCCGCUGGCUACAAAAUGGCAAGGAAGUUUUUUGGAGAAGAAAUCUGAGCAUACAAAGACACCAUUGGUGAAGCAAGAAGAUGUAAGAUCAAAAGUAUGUGACGAAUUCGCAGGUGCUUCAAAUCAAUGUGGAUCACUGCUGUCUUUGAAAUCGGAAGAUGUUGGUCUAAAGAAUAUUCAGAACAUGCAGGCCGCUGUCAUUAAACAGGAGGAGUUUUCAACAAAAAGAGAAUCUGGAUCUUCUGAAAAAAGUAUUCCUGAAGGAAUGAAAUCACCACAAACUUUGAAAACACAGAUGAUUGCAUUACAGAAUAGGAUACUAAAAACCAAGGGUAUUUUGAAGUCGACUAACAUAACAAUGUUGCCUGAUCGCGGUGUAAGACUUCAGAUGUCGCUAACUAAGGAUGAAAAUGAACUGAAGAAACUGAGAAAUGAUCUUCAAAUCAGUGAAGAAUGGCAUGCAAAAAGUGAUAAAGCUGUAGUGAUAUCAGCUAAGGACAAAAUUAAACAAGAGUGGGGAAAGGAGCUUCAUGAUGUGGGCAAUAUGAGACCUCUAGAACCAAAGAAUUUCAAUUCCACGACUGGAACAAAAGCAUCAGAAUAUGAAGUCAGUGGCAGACUUCUUACAGUUGAUGCCUUAGAGCAACUGCAUAAAUCACUAGAAACUCGACCGGCUGACAAUAUUUUUGAUGACGACCCAAAAGGAUUGAAAAGCAGUUACAGACUUAUGGCUCACCAGAAGCAUGCUCUUGCUUGGCUCCGCUGGAGAGAACGUCAAAAGCCUCGUGGUGGUAUCCUUGCUGAUGACAUGGGCUUGGGUAAAACACUUACAAUGAUAAGCCUGAUUUUGAAGAGUCUUGAGGAAGAUGAACGUGACAGCUCUGAUAGCGAAAAUUCUGAUGACUCCCAGGCCGAAGAAGAAUGGAUGCAAAGCAAAGACAGAAGAUGGGAAAAUGGUGGGACGUUGGUUGUGUGUCCUGCCAGUUUGGUGAACCAGUGGGAAAGUGAAAUAAAAUCAAAAUGCAAGAGUGAUAUUCUUAAAGUUGUAGUGCAUCAUGGAUCUUCACGGGAAAAGAGUGCUAGAAGGUUAUCAAAAUUUGAUGUUGUCAUAACGACUUACAGUAUUGUAAGAAAUGAAGCUGGAUUUUUUAAUGCACGAGACAAUGACAUCUGUGAGAGCAAAAAAGCAGCAUUGCAUAAAAUCCGGUGGAAUAGGAUCAUAUUAGAUGAAGGACAUGUCAUUCGUAACCAUAAAAACAAAACUUCAGUUGCUGUGAGUGAGCUCAGAGGAAGGCAUCGCUGGGUGCUCACAGGGACACCUCUACAUAACAAAGAACUAGAUGUUUAUGCACUUCUCAAAUUCCUUCGCUGCUCACCGUUUGAUGAAAUAUCGGUGUGGCGCCGUUGGGUUGACAACAAAAAUGCUUCUGGCUUGCAUAGGCUAAAUGCAAUCAUGAAUGCCAUAAUGCUGCGCCGGACAAAGGAUCAACUGCAGAGGGUGGGUUCACUGCAGUGUCUUCCAGAGAAAAAUGUUCACAUCAUAACAGUGAAACUCAGUGAAGAGGAAUUUGCAGUUUAUGAAACUGUUCUGAACUACUCAAAGACACUUUUUGCUCAGUUUUUGCACCAGAGAGCUGAAAAAGAAGAGCAAAAUUCAAAUGGAUCUCUCUUACCUUUUCUGCACACCACCUCGGGUAAAAAGUCUGCUCUGAAUGUUGAAAACACUGGAGUAAGCAAGGAGCUGGCUACAAUGUACAAUCACAUGAAUAAUAUACAGGAUGUGAAAACAUUUCAGAUAUUGGUGUUGCUUCUCCGUUUGAGACAGUUAUGUUGCCAUCCAGGACUGAUCAAGGCUAUGCUGGAAGAAGAUGCAAAGGAAGUAGAUGGUAUUGAGGAUGAUUCUGGCAUUGAUCAGGAUAUGCUCUCAAAGUUGAGCAACUUGAGUCUAACAGAAGCAAAUACUGAAGAUGCCAUCACCAAUAGUGAUCCCAAUGAAAUAGAAAAAAAAGUACUUGUUGAAAGUAAUCCUGUAUUUGAUGUGAAGAGAUGCAGUUCAAAAAUGCAAGCAGUUUUUGAUAAGUUAUCCGAAACUGUUUUGGGCACAGAAGACAAAGCUGUUAUCAUUUCUCAGUGGACAAGCAUGCUGGAAAUAUUAGCAGAACACUUGCAGGAAAUGGGUGUCAGAUUCACAAUUCUAAGCGGCUCGGUGCCAGUCAAAGAUAGGGGUGACAUUAUUGACAAGUUCAAUAGACCUGACAGAGGACCAAAGGUUAUGCUUCUGUCAUUGACUGCUGGGGGAGUUGGCUUAAAUCUGGUUGGCGCAAACCACCUGUUUCUCUUCGAUGUUCAUUGGAACCCUCAACUUGAAGCACAAGCCUGUGACAGGGUGUAUCGUGUUGGCCAAAAGAAACCUGUUCACAUAUACAAGUUCUUUUGUGAGGAAACAAUAGAAGCAAGAAUAAAGAAAAUGCAAGAUAAUAAAUUAGCUCUAGCAUCCGAAGUGUUAACUGGUGCCAAACAAAGGCGCAAAGAAAAAUUGUCACUGGAUGACCUCAGAGUGCUGUUUGGCUUUUGACUUGGUGAAUGUUCCUUUCUUUUUUGUUGAUAUUGUAUCACAACCAUAGACAACAAACAAGAUCUCACUAUGGAAUUCAGAUUUUGAAUAUCAACAGUCACCUGUGAAGAGUGACAUGUAUUAAGUUCUGUACAAAAGAAAUCUCAUUGUGUUGUCACUUCUAUGUACUAUCUCUUAUUCUCUGAUUGUUGUUUUAGUCAGCAAUCAAAUUGACAUAUUUUAUGUAAUUUGAAUGAUACACAUUGUAUAUAUUGUAAA